AAGACACCUUUUCAUUUCCCGCCUCGUACCAGCAACAUAGUUAUUUCGAAAUCACCAAAAUUUAAAAUUUUCUCUCAAACUGUCUCUUCACUACAUCUCACUUCUCCGCGAUUCUCUUGGUUUUUUAAAAAUAAAAUAAAAUUGAGCCCAGAGAUCAUCACCGCCAAAUAAUCUAUUUCUUGUGGUAUACAUUUCAUACCUGCUUGGCUGAAGCAACAUGAUGGAGGUUGAUACGGGACAUAAAUUACAAGAUGAUCAAAUGAGCAACUGUCGCAGUUUUGGCAGCAAUUAUCAUCCAUCUAGCCAAUCUAGAAAGAUUUCGAUUGGAAUUCUGAUUGACUCAUUGCCAAAGAAAAGAUCCGGAGGCACGAAGGAAGAUGAAGCUGCAGUACCAAACAUAGAAAGGGUAAAUUCUAAGAAAGAAAGUUCAGUUGAAAGCAAAAAAAAGGGAAAAGGUGCCAUUGAUGCUACCACUAAAGGGAAACAAACUGAAACUCCUGGGCGGGUCCCUUCCCCUUGGACCACUACAAGAUCCUUUCACCAAAAAUCACCAAUUUCUGAGGGUGUUCUUCACGCUGUAGGAACUUCCAGCUUACCACGCUCUACUGGGAGGAGGAACAGGAUUAGCACAGCAAAGAAUGUGCCUGUAACACAUUCAGUAGAGUUUUUUGCCAAACAUACAUCAAAUUCACAUUCUGGUGAUGGAAAGGAGAAGUUUGGUGGAUUCACAUACAAAAGUAAGGGAGGAGAGGAUAGAAACUCACAGCCAGGAGAGGAAUUUACAUUUGCAACUGCACAAGAAGGCUCUAUGCCGGAUAAAGUGGCAACAGAUGAUAAAACGGAAGAGAGAACUGAAACUUUGAAAAUGAAACUAUGGGAGAUAUUGGGAAACGUUUCUUCACAAAAAAUUCAGCCAUCUAAUUCUCAGGCUCAUCAGAUUGGUGCCAAUAAUUUAAAUCCGGAGCAAAUUCUUAACCAAGCAGAUGAUGUGGUUGUCAAGCCUAGACAGAGCCCAGAUACCAUAGAAACUGAUUCUGAAAGUCCCAAUCAUACUAUGAAGAGACCAGUGACUCGUUCUUUGACCCGAAAGAGAGCUUCAACCAAACAGAAACCAGAGAAAAAUAAAGUUGGUCCAUCCUCCAGUUACAGACAAAAACUUAAAGAGAAGAAUGUCUUCUCCUUUGAAGAACGAUUGCCUGGAAAACAAAAUGUUGCUGUCAAUGGUGGCUCCUCAAUGUCUACAAUGAAGAAGGGCCAGAUAAAGAGUUGCGGCAUCGAACCAUGUAAGACUCACGUCAGUGAAGACUACAAUGCAGAUAAGAUUCAGGAAGGAAUUCACAAGAGUGAAAGAUCACUCCCUGCUGAGAAAACAUCUUCUCUUAGCAAUAAAAAGGGAAAUAUUCACUGUUCUCUUCAGAAUAAGAGAGAGUGCCGUGAACCAAAGAAUGGAAACAAAGAAAGAGAUUCCAAUCAAUCUGCAAGGGAAGCAUCGUUCUCUGUUGAGAAAACAUUUUCACUUAGCAAUAAAAUUGGAAAUUUUCAUGAUUCUCCUAGGAACAAGAGAGAGCACCUCGAACUGAAGAAUAGAAACCAAGAACGAUAUUCCCAUCAAUCUGGAAGGGAAGAUUCCCAUCAGUCCCCGUGGACACACAUGACUGAUCAACAGAAGGAUUUUAACAGCCCAGCAGCACCUGAACAUGGGGAUCAACAAGAAAACUUUGAUACUCCCUCCUCAAAUAGUACUGUCAACCCACGGGAUGAUUUCCAGAGUCCAACAUUCAAAAUCAAUUCCCCUACCUUAAGUUCCUUCCCAAGCUCAAUGCCAAAAUCUGAUCAGAGAAAGCAUGUUUUUGCCAGCCCUGAACAAGCAAUGAGAAGCUUUACUGUGGGAAAAAUCCAUAGCUUCUGGACUCUCAGGAAUUCAAAUGCAGGUUGUUUUGCCUCAAAUAUUCAAACAGAAUCACCUGAUAUUGCAGCAGAACUUAUGGAUUCCCCACCCAACAAAACAUUACCUGUUAAGGGGAAAAGAGACGUGGAAGGUGGUCUUUCUGAAUCAUCUCCUGAAUGUGGAUACUCUGAGAGCUCCGAAGAUGGUUCACCUCUUGUUAAGGGUCGUAGGGAAGAAGAAAACUGCUCUACAGAAACUGCAACAGCUGAAAAAUCAAAGUUCAUGCUUCAUCCAACUAAAAGGUUCUGCAACCACAAAGGUGAAAAAGUGAGAGUAUUUAGUCCCACCCCGCCCUCUCCAACAGGCAUUGUUGAAACUGAGUUGACUCCUGAGAUUUCAGAACAAAACCAAGGGGAUGAACUAGAAAGGGUCAUCUUGCUAUUUGUCAUGGCUUUAGAAAACUUCCGAAAGAAAAUGAAGUUGGAGACUGGAAAGAAAUCCUCUGAUAUUUUGACGUCUGUCUCAGAGAAGAUGCAUCUACAGUUGCAGAAUAUUGAGUCACAAAUCCAAACAGAUCUGGGGAAGCUGUCAAGUGUUAGUAAAUCAAAAAGAAAACGGCUGGAGUCUAGAUUUGAAGAACAACAAGAACAGCUAAAAUUGAUACACGAUAAAUUCAAACAAGAUAUUUACCAGCAUCUCCAGGAGUGUAAAAUCACUCUUGAAGGACUAGAAUUGCACCAGAUUGACUUCAAAGGAACUGUGAAAAAGCAAAAAGCAUCACACCAGAAGCUUCUGAUGCAAGCGGAAGAAACAGUGAAGACACAGCUAGAUGAUGCACAAAGAAGAAUCACAGCUGUGCACAAGGCAAGUCUGCUUCUAUUUAAGGAAAUAUGAUUGCCAGCAUUUCCUACCAUCUGGAUUCUGGGUUUAUUUUUCAUGAUAACUGUAUUGCAUGCUCAGCGGCCUUUGCCCGUGUAGAUAUGGGCUGUUCUGUCGCAUCUGUUGGUAUGGCAUUUAAUUUUGAGAUGGUGGCAAGAGAAUUCACAUUCUUGGGUGCGCUUGCCCGUCCAGCCCAUCCAAAAGCUUAUGAACUAGUGUUUGUCAUGCACCAUUAAUCUAUUAGUGCUUGAACCUUUAAAGUUCAUAAUUACACCUAGAGAUUUCUCAAGUUUUGGCCUAUUGAAGGUUAUGCCUUUAUGCAUCUAGGGUUAUGCCCGUUAAAAAGGCCAAAAAAAAAAAAACAGUUUGUUGUAGUCAAUAAUUGAAAGAAAGCUUAUGAAGCUAAUUUGAACAUUUCCUGUCAUUCAUUCAUUGCAGUCAGCAAGGGAAAAAAUGCUCCAGUUGAAGUAUGUUGUAGGCAAGGGCUUGAAUGUAGGCAAGGGCUUGAAUGAGGGUGGCCUAAGUUGACGUUCAUGAUGGCUAAAGAGAUGGAGACUUUGCACGGAGACCAGUGUUAGGAAGAGGCUGAGGACUUUUAUGAUAGAGUCUCCUAGAGGUUGAGGUUACCUUUUCCCAGGUUACAAAACUGCACAUCAUUCUGUGGAAUCUGACAUUCAUUUCAGAACUGCGCUGGGAUCAUGCCUUAAAUGUCGUUACAGCCAACUCCUUGUGCCUUGUGGCAUGUAAUUUUGAGUCACGUGUCCACGGUGUUGCAGUUUGGCUUUAUAGUAAACAAUAGUGAGAUUAUUCAUUUAAUAGCCAACAACAGAUUAGAUAGUUUGAUAUGCCUUUCUUCCUCGAGCUGCCUUCUGAUGAGUUAAAGCAGUCCAUCAUGGUAAAAGUAUGUUUCACUGUUCCAGUAUUUUCAUUCCUGAGAAGGUAGAGCAUAGUAGUGCAUGGGAACGAAUCAAGGCGAGUCCAAGGUUACAGUCUAUGUCACUGCAUGCAUAGAACAUGUUUCACUAGAAAUGAACAUGACAAUGUUGCUAUAA